AUGGUGACGUGUCUUUUAAAUGCUUUGCAUUCUGGUUAUUGCUGCCAUGCGGAUGCAGGGGCACAUUCAGGGGAGUUCAUAUAUGGCUUGGAAAACUUUGUUUACAAGGACAUCAAGCCUGGACGUAAACGUAAAAAGCACAAAAAACAUUUUAAGAAACCUUUUAAAAGUCUUGAUCGCUCGAAAGAUAAGCCAAAAGAAGCCAAAAAGGAUACAUUUUUGGAAAAAUUGGCAACCCAAGUAAUUAAAAACGUACAAGUAAAAAUCACAGACAUUCACAUUAAAUAUGAAGAUGAUGUCACUGAUCCAAAGCAGCCUCUUUCAUUUGGUGUCACACUGGGAGAACUCAGUCUAUUGACUGCAAAUGAACAUUGGACUCCAUGCAUAUUAAAUGAAGCAGAAAAAAUUAUAUACAAGCUUAUACGACUUGAUAGUCUUAGUGCCUACUGGAAUGUAAACUGCAGCAUGUCUUACCAGGGAUCGAAGGAACAGAUCUUGGAUCAGCUGAAAAGUGGAAUUCUUACAAGUAGCAAUAUACCUGCAAAUCAUCAAUAUAUUUUCCAGCCAAUAUCAGCUUCUGCAAAGCUCUACAUGAAUCCUUAUGCAGAAACAGAGCUGAAAACUCCCAAACUUGACGGGAACAUAGAAGUACAGAAUAUUGCCGUUGAAUUGACCAAACCUCAGUACUUAAGUAUGAUUGACCUUUUGGAGUCAUUGGAUUAUAUGGCUAGAAAUGCCCCUUACAGAAAAUACAAGCCUUAUUUACCACUUCAUACCAAUGGUCGACAAUGGUGGAAAUAUGCAAUUGAUUCUGUUCUUGAAGUUCAUAUAAGAAGGUAUACACAGAUGUGGUCAUGGAGUAACAUAAAAAAACACAGGCAGUUGCUCAAGAGUUAUAAAAGUGCCUACAAAAGUAAGCUAACCCAGACUAAAGUCCCAGAAGAAAUACAGAAACAAAUUCAGGAUUUGGAGAAGACUCUAGAUGUUUUUAACAUAAUUUUAGCAAGGCAACAAGCACAAGUUGAGGUGAUUCGAUCUGGGCAAAAAUUAAGGAAAAAGUCUACUGACACAGGCGAGAAACGUGGAGGCUGGUUUAGUGGGUUUUGGGGUAAGAAGGAGUCUAAGAAAAAAGAUGAAGAAUCUUUGAUUCCUGAAAGUAUUGAUGACAUUAUGACUCCAGAGGAGAAAGAUAAGCUUUUUACUGCUAUUGGUUAUAGUGAGAGCACCCAUAACUUAACUUUACCCAAGCAGUAUGUUGCCCAUAUAAUGACAUUGAAGUUAGUAAGUACCUCUAUUACAAUAAGAGAAAACAAAAAUAUUCCAGAAAUACUAAAAAUUCAGAUAAUUGGCCUGGGCACCCAAGUAUCUCAGCGACCAGGAGCACAAGCACUUAAGGUGGAAGCAAAAUUAGAACACUGGUAUAUAACAGGUCUGAGACAGCAGGGUAUUGUACCAUCACUUGUGGCUUCCAUUGGUGAUACUACAUCAUCCUUGCUUAAAAUUGAGUUUGAAACCAAUCCAGAGAAUAGUACUGCUGACCAGACUCUGAUUGUUCAGUCUCAACCUGUGGAGGUCAUCUAUGAUGCUAAAACCAUCAAUGCAGUGGUUGAAUUCUUUCAGUCAAAUAGAGGAUUAGAUCUUGAGCAAAUAACAUCAGCUACAUUAAUGAAGCUGGAAGAAAUUAAAGAGAGAACAGCUACAGGACUUACACAUAUUAUUGAAACUCGAAAAGUCCUUGAUUUAAGGAUAAAUCUGAAGCCUUCUUAUCUAAUACUUCCACAGACCGGUUUCCAUCAUGAAAAGUCAGACCUUCUCAUUUUAGAUUUUGGUACAUUUCAGCUUAACAGUAAAGAUCAAGGUUUGCAGAAGACUAGUAAUUCAUCUCUGGAAGAAAUAAUGGAUAAAGCAUAUGACAAAUUUGAUGUUGAAAUAAAAAGUGUGCAGUUACUCUUUGCAAAAGCAGAGGAAAACUGGAAAAAGUGUCGAUUUCAGCAUCCAUCAACUAUGCAUAUAUUACAACCCAUGGAUAUUCAUGUUGAGUUGGCCAAGGCAAUGGUAGAAAAAGACGUUAGAAUGGCCAGAUUGAAAGUAUCCGGGGGACUUCCUUUGAUGCAUGUGAGAAUUUCUGACCAGAAGAUGAAAGAUGUACUCUGUUUGAUUAACAGUAUACCCUUGCCACAGAAAUCCUCUGAACAGUCUCCAGAGAGACAGGUAUCCUCAAUUCCUGUUAUUUCAGAUAGGACAAAAGACCUACUUAGUACUUCACUGUUGCUAGAUGGAGUAGAAUCAGAGUCUGAUGAUGAAUAUUUUGAUGCUGAAGAUGGAGAGACACAGACUGAUAAAAGUUUGAGAGGUUCAGAACUAAAAAAAGCUGCAGAAGCCCCAAAUGAGGAGCUCAUUAAUCUUUUACUGAAGUUUGAAAUUAAAGAGGUUGUUUUGGAAUUUACUAAACAACAGAAAGAAGAAGAUACAAUUCUAGUAUUUAAUGUUACUCAUUUGGGAACAGAGGCUACAUUGAGAACUUUUGAUGUAACUGUGGUAUCUUAUUUAAAGAAAAUCAGCUUGGAUUACCAUGAAAUUCAAGGAUCCAAAAAGAAGCCCCUUCACUUGAUUAGCUCUUCUGAUAAACCUGGAUUAGAUCUCUUAAAAGUAGAAUAUAUUAAGGCUGAUAAGAAUGGACCUAGUUUUCAAACUACUUUUGAAAAAACUGAACAAACCCUUAAGGUGGCUUUUUCAUCUUUAAAUCUGUUGCUGCAAACACAAGCUCUUCUGUCUUCUAUUAAUUACCUGACAACCAUUAUCCCAUCAGAUGACCAAAGAAGUGAUACCAAAGAAGUACAAAUUUCAGCUGAAAAGCAACAAAAAAAUUCAGGUGUGCAGAAAGUGAUUGUAUCCUCUAAAGACAGGGACAUUAUUGACUUCAGACUAUUUGCUCAGUUGAAUGCUUUCUGUGUCAUUGUUUGUGAUGAGAAGAACAAUAUUGCUGAAAUCAAGAUUCAAGGCCUUGAUUCUUCUCUUUGUCUUCAGUCAAGAAAACAGUCACUGUUUGCCAGACUGGAAAAUAUUAUUGUCACAGAUGUUGAUCCUAAGACAGUUCAUAAAAAAGCUGUGUCAAUAAUGGGAAAUGAAGUUUUUCAUUUUAACUUGGAUUUGUAUCCUGAUGCCACUGAAGGAGAUUCCUAUACCGACAUGUCCAAAGUGGAUGGUGUGGUAUCGCUGAAUGUUGGCUGUAUUCAGAUUGUUUAUCUUCAUAAAUUCCUCAUGUCAUUUCUGAACUUCCUCAACAAUUUCCAGACAGCCAAAGAGGCUCUGAGUGCCGCCACUGUUCAGGCUGCAGAAAAGGCUGCCAGAAGUGUGAAAGAUCUUGCCCAGAGGAGUUUUCGUGUUUCUCUCAAUAUUGAUCUGAAAGCACCAGUUAUAGUCAUCCCACAGUCUUCUGUUUCCACUAAUGCAGUGGUGGUAGAUCUUGGGCUCAUCAGAGUUCAAAACCAGUUUAGUCUGGUGUCUGGGGAAGACUAUUUAAACCCUCCAGUAAUUGAUAGAAUGGAUGUGCAGCUAACAGAGCUUAAGCUUUCUAGGACAGUGAUCCAGCCAGGCAUCUCCCAUCCUGAUGUUCAGCUCUUACACCCAAUUAACUUGGAAUUUUUUGUAAACCGGAAUCUAGCUGCAUCUUGGUAUCACAAAGUACCUGUUGUAGAAAUUAAAGGACACCUUGAAUCAAUGAAUGUUAAUCUAAAUCAAGAAGAUCUUAACCUUUUAUUUAGAAUACUAGCAGAAAAUCUUGGUGAGGCUACUGAAGACUUAAAUAAAAUGAAGCCAAGAGAACAAAAGACAGGUGAAAUUAAAGGGCCACUUGAAAUCUAUACAUCAAAACAAGAUGUACAUGCUUCCCAAGGUAUUUUAAUAGCUGGAGCUGAAGAAAUGAGAUCUGUAGACAUCAUUAAUAUGCUGCUGAAUUUUGAAAUCAAAGAGGUUGUGAUUACUCUGAUGAAAAAAGCAGAAAAGAAAGGAAGACCUUUACAUGAACUAAAUGUCCUGCAGCUUGGAAUGGAAGCUAAAGUUAGAACCUAUGACCUGACUGCUAAAGCUUAUCUAAAAAAAAUUAGUAUGCGAUGCUUUGAGUUCACUGACUCUGCAGGAGAGCCACUUCAUGUUAUUAACUCUUCUAAUGUAACUGAGGAACCUCUGCUGAAAAUGUCACUGACCAAGGCAGACAGUGAUGGACCAGAAUUUAAAACCAUUCAUGAAAAUACCAAACAAAGACUGAAGGUUUCAUUUUCAUCCUUAGACUUAGUACUUCAUUUGGAAGCUUUACUGUCCUUCAUGGAUUUUUUAUCAUCUGCUGUUCCAUCCUCUGAACCUUCCUCUACUGAGAAGGAAUCUGAGCUGAAACCACUUGUGGGGGAGUCCAGAAGUAUCGUUGUCAAAGCUGCAUCCAGCAAUACUUCUCAAGAUGAUGUGUUUGAUUUAAAGGUCAUAGCUGAAUUAAAUGCAUUUAAUGUCUUUAUCUGUGAUCAGAAGUGUAACAUUGCAGAUAUUAGAGUACGUGGAAUGGAUGCCUCUAUUUCUGUGAAGCCAAAGCAGACCGAUAUGUUUGCCAGACUUAAGGAUAUAAUAGUUACGAAUGUUGAUUUGCUGUCUAUUCACAAAAAGGCUGUCUCUAUUUUGGGAGAUGAAGUCUUUAGGUUCCAAAUGACUCUUUAUCCAGGUGCCACAGAAGGAAAGGCCUAUGCUGAUAUGUCGAAAGUAGAUGGGAAACUUAGUCUCAAAGUGGGUUGUAUUCAAAUUGUUUAUGUUCAUAAAUUCUUCAUGUCUCUUUUGAACUUCCUCAACAAUUUCCAAACUGCCAAAGAAGCUUUGAGCUCAGCCACAGUCCAGGCUGCAGAAAGGGCUGCUUCCAGCAUGAAAGACUUGGCUCAAAAGAGUUUCCGCCUUUUGAUGGAUAUCAACUUGAAAGCACCAGUUAUUAUUAUUCCUCAGUCUUCAGUAUCGCCUAAUGCUGUUAUAGCAGAUCUGGGUUUAAUCAGAGUUGAAAACAAAUUUAGCUUAGUUCCUAUGGAACGUGAUUCUCUUCCUCCAGUCAUUGACAAGAUGAGCAUUCAACUAACUCAGUUGAAGUUGUCCAGAACUAUUUUGCAGUCUGGCUUGCCACAACAUGACAUUGAAAUUUUAAAACCAGUCAACAUGCUAUUGUCCAUACAACGAAAUUUAGCAGCAGCAUGGUAUACGCAGAUUCCAGGGAUGGAGAUAAAAGGAAAGCUAAAACCUAUGUUGGUUGCUCUCAGUGAAGAUGACUUAACAGUUUUAAUGAAAAUUUUGCUGGAAAAUCUUGGAGAAGCUUCUUCACAGCCAAGCCCUACACAGUCUACCCAGGAGGCUAUAAGAGUAAGAAAAGAUGUUCUGGGUGGGCCUGACCACCUCAAAGAACAAGAUAUGACAGACUCAAAGCUUUCUGUGGACCAAAAUGUCACUCUCCAAUUUGACUUUCACUUUGAAUCUCUUUCCAUUGUCCUUUAUAACAAUGAUAUAAACCAGGAAUCCAAACUUUCAUUUCACAAUGACAGUUUCCGGCUUGGUGAACUCAGACUACAUCUUAUGGCCUCUGUAGGGAAGAUGUUUAAGGAUGGCUCAAUGAAUGUUAGCCUUAAACUUAAGACAUGCACACUUGACGAUCUCAGAGAAGGCAUUGAGAGAGCAACAUCAAGAAUGAUUGAUAAAAGGAAUGAUCAAGAUGACAACAGUUCUAUGAUUGAUAUAAGUUACAAACAAAGCAAAAAUGGAAGUCAUGUUGAUGCUGUUCUUGACAAGCUGUAUGUAUGUGCCAGCGUGGAGUUUCUGAUGACUGUGGCAGAUUUCUUUAUCAAAGCUGUGUCUCAGAAUUCAGAAAAUAUGGCAAAAGAAGCACAGAUUCCACUACGACAGACAGCCACAGCAAAAAUCAAGAUGGAGAAAGAUGACUCUGUAAGACCAAAUAUGACUUUAAAGGCCAAGAUCACAGAUCCAGAAGUGGUAUUUGUUGCCAAUCUGACAAAGGCUGAUGCUCCUGCUCUGACAGCCUCAUUCCAGUGUAACCUGUCUAUGUCAACCUCCAAACUUGAACAGAUGAUGGAAGCUUCUGUGAGAGAUCUUAAAGUCCUUGCUUGCCCUUUUCUCAGAGAAAAAAGAGGAAGAAACAUUACUACAGUCUUACAGCCUUGUUCUUUAUUUAUGGAAAAAUGUAUGUGGGCUUCAGGAAAACAAAAUAUAAGCAUUAUGGUUGAAGAAUUUAUAAUUAAGAUUUCACCCAUAAUUCUGAAUACUGUGAUGACGAUCAUGGCUGCUUUGUCUCCAAAGACAAAAGAAGAUGAAUCCAAAGAUAUAUCUAAGGAAACAGAAAAUCUUUGGGGCAUCAAAUCUAUUAGUGAUUAUAACUCUUGGUUUCUUGGUGUUGACAUGGCAACAGAAAUAACAGAAAAUUUCAAAGACAUUCACUGUCUAUCUAUAGAGGAAAAUUGUGCUGUUGUUGUAGAGUCAGUUCAGGUUACCUUAGAAUGUGGCCUUGGGCAUCGAACUGUACCUUUAUUACUGGCAGAGUCUAAGUUUUCAGGAAAUAUUAAAAAUUGGACUUCCCUAAUGGCUGCAACUGCUGACAUGACAUUAGAGGUUCACUACUAUAAUGAAACCCAUGCUGUUUGGGAGCCACUGAUUGAGAGAGUGGAGGGGAAGAGACAAUGGAAUUUAAGGCUUGAUGUAAAGAAGAAUCCAGUCCAAGAUAAAAGUUUAAUUCCAGGAGAUGAUUUUAUUUUUCUUCCUGAGCCACAAACAGCAGUUCAUAUUUCUUCGGGAGACACAAUGAAUAUAACCAUAUCCAAAAGUUGCCUGAAUGUUUUCAACAAUUUAGCCAAAGGUUUUUCAGAGGGCACUGCUUCUACUUUUGACUACUCUUUAAAAGAUAGGGCUCCUUUUACAGUGAAAAAUGCUGUAGGCAUUCCCAUUAAGGUGCAGCCCAAUCAUAAUCUCAGAGUAAUAGGCUCCCUUGAGAAAAGUGGUGUUUAUGAUGUUGAUGCUGGUCAGCAUUUGGAAUUGGAAUAUGCCAGCAUGGAACCUUCACGUCAAGGAAAAUUAUCUAUGUUGAGCCGUCAGGAAAGCUCUUUCUUCACUCUCACCUUUGUACCUCAUGGAUAUACAGAAGUUGCAAAAGUCCCUGUUGCCAGAUCCGGACGGCGAUUGUAUAAUGUACGGAAUCCCAAUGCCAGUCAUUCUGACUCAGUCUUGGUACAGAUUGAUGCAACUGAAGGGAAUAAAGUAAUCACUCUUCGUUCUCCUUUGCAGAUUAAAAAUCAUUUCUCUAUUGCAUUCAUCAUUUAUAAAUCUGUUAAGAACGUUAAGCUGCUGGAGCCCAUUGGAGUAGCCAGCCCUGAAGAGGAGUUCCAUGUUCCUUUAGAUUCAUACAGAUGUCAUUUAUUUAUUCAGCCAGCUGGUAUCUUAGAGAAUCGGUACAAAGAAUCCACCACUUACAUUUCUUGGAAGGAAGAACUUCACAGGAGCAGGGAAGUCAGAUGCAUGCUUCAGUGUCCGUCAGUAGAAGUCAACUUCUUACCUCUCAUCGUCAAUACAGUUGCUCUGCCUGAUGAACUAAGCUAUAUAUGUAGCCACGAGGAAGAUUGGGAUCCAGCUUACAUUAUCCAUCUUUAUCCUACCCUCACUUUGCGGAACCUUCUCCCAUACUCUCUAAGAUAUUUACUUGAGGGAACAGCAGAAACUCAUGAGCUAGCAGAAGGCAGUGCUGCUGAUGUUCUCCAUUCGAGAAUCAGUGGAGAAGUAAUGGAAUUAGUUCUGAUGAAAUACCAGGGCAGAAACUGGAACGGACAUUUCCGUAUAUGUGAUACGCUUCCCGAAUUCUUCCUUGUGUGUUUUUCUCCUGACUCUGCAGAAAUGAUGACAGUUGACUUGUCAGUACAUGUCAGACGAAUUGGCAGCAGGAUGGUGCUAUCUGUUUUUAGUCCCUAUUGGCUAAUCAACAAGACUUCUCGGGUUCUCCAGUAUCGUGCAGAAGAUAUUCACGUGAAACAUCCAGCUGAUUUCAGAGAUAUUAUUUUAUUCUCUUUCAAGAAGAAGAAUAUUUUUAGUAAAAAUAAGGUACAAUUAAAAAUUUCUACUAGCGCCUGGUCCAAUGGUUUUUCAUUGGAUACAGUGGGAAGUUACGGAUGUGUGAAGUGUCCUGCCAACAGUAUGGAAUACCUGGUUGGUGUUAGCAUCAAAAUGAGCAGUUUUAAUCUUACACGAAUAGUUACCCUGACUCCCUUUUGUACCAUUGCAAACAAGUCAUCAUUAGAACUAGAAGUUGGUGAAAUUGCGUCUGAUGGCUCAAUGCCAACUAAUAAGUGGAACUAUAUUGCUUCUUCAGAGUGCCUUCCCUUUUGGCCUGAAAAUUUGUCAGGCAAACUUUGUGUGAGAGUGGUGGGCUGUGAAGGUUCCUCCAAACCGUUUUUUUAUAACCGACAGGAUAAUGGCACUUUAUUGAGCCUGGAAGAGCUGAAUGGAGGUAUCUUGGUGGAUGUAAACACUGCUGAACAUUCAACUGUCAUAACGUUUUCUGAUUACCAUGAAGGAUCUGCGCCUGCUCUAAUAAUAAACCACACACCACAGGACGUCCUCACCUACAAACAGAGUGGCUCACAGGAAGAAGUACACUUGCUGCCAGGACAAGCUCGACUUUUUGCCUGGGCGGAUCCUACUGGUACCAGACAGCUUACAUGGACGUAUGCAGCAAAUACUGGGGAGCACAGUCUGUUAAAGGAUGAAUGUGGACAGUUUCCAUAUGAUGCAAAUAUCCAGAUACACUGGGUAUCAUUCCUGGAUGGGCGUCAGCGAGUGUUGCUUUUCACUGAUGAUGUUGCCUUGGUUUCCAAAGCACUGCAGGCAGAAGAAAUGGAGCAGGCCGAUCAUGAAAUAACCUUUUCUCUCCACAGUCUUGGGCUUUCACUGGUUAACAAUGAAAACAAGCAGGAAGUUUCAUAUAUUGGGAUAACCAGUUCUGGUGUUGUUUGGGAGAUGAAACCAAAACAGAAAUGGAAGCCUUUUAGUCAAAAGCAGAUAAUGUUGCUGGAACAGUCGUAUAAAAAAUACCAAGUAUCCAGAGACCAUGGAUGGAUUAAACUAGAUAAUAAUUUUGAGGUCAAUUUUGAUAAAGUUCCCAUGGAAAUGCGCUUCCCUGUUCAGUGCCCGAUAAAGCGAGAUUUUUUAUCAGGGAUUCAGAUUGAAUUUAAGCAGUCUCCUCACCAGAGAAGUUUAAGGGCCAGGUUGUAUUGGCUUCAGUUGGAUGCUUAACUGAGUCACCCAGGACCCCCACACCCCCCGGCUGACUUUUUUUUUGAUCCAGUAUAAAGCUUGACUGUUUAUUUCUUGUUGUCUUUCUUCCUUUUAGAGCCCAAACCUUUCAUUGAUGUGAGUGUCAUCACAAGAUUUAAUGAGUACAGUAAAGUAUUACAGUUCAAGUAUUUUAUGGUCCUCAUUCAGGAGAUGGCCUUGAAAGUUGAUCAGGGGUUUCUAGGAGCUAUUAUUGCACUGUUUACCCCAACAACUGACCCAGAAGCUGAAAGAAAACGGACGAAGUUAAUCCAGCAAGAUACUGAUGCUCUCAACACAGAAUUAAUGGAGACUUCAGUGACUGAUAUGUCAGUUCUUAGUUUCUUUGAACAUUUCCAUAUUUCUCCUGUUAAGUUGCAUUUGAGUCUGUCCUUGGGUAGUGGAAGUGGGGAGUCAGACAAAGAAAAACAGGAAAUGAUUGCAAUUCAUUCUGUCAAUCUGCUGUUGAAAAGCAUAGGUGCUACUUUGACUGAUGUGGAUGACUUAAUAUUCAAACUUGCUUAUUAUGAAAUUCGGUAUCAGUUUUACAAGAGAGAUCAGCUCAUGUGGAGUGUUGUUAGACAUUACAGUGAACAGUUCUUGAAACAGAUGUAUGUCCUUGUAUUGGGCUUAGAUGUGCUUGGAAACCCAUUUGGAUUAAUUAGAGGCCUGUCUGAAGGAGUUGAAGCUUUAUUCUAUGAACCCUUCCAGGGUGCUGUUCAAGGCCCUGAAGAAUUUGCUGAGGGAUUAGUGAUUGGAGUCAGAAGUCUCUUUGGACACACUGUAGGUGGUGCAGCAGGAGUUGUAUCUCGCAUCACUGGUUCUGUUGGGAAAGGUUUGGCAGCAAUUACAAUGGACAAGGAAUAUCAGCAGAAAAGAAGAGAAGAGAUGGGUCGACAGCCUAAAGAUUUUGGAGACAGCCUGGCCAGAGGAGGAAAGGGCUUCCUGCGUGGAGUUGUUGGUGGAGUGACUGGGAUAAUAACAAAACCUGUGGAAGGUGCCAAAAAGGAAGGAGCUGCUGGAUUCUUUAAAGGAAUUGGAAAAGGACUUGUGGGUGCUGUGGCUCGUCCAACGGGUGGAAUCAUAGAUAUGGCCAGCAGCACCUUCCAAGGGAUUCAGAGGGCAGCAGAGUCAACUGAGGAAGUGUCCAGGCUCCGACCCCCUCGUUUCAUCCACGAGGAUGGCAUCAUUCGCCCAUAUGAAAGACAGGAAUCUGAGGGCUACGAUUUAUUUGAGAAUCAUGUUAAAAGGUUAGAAGGAGAGACUUAUCGAUGCCACUGUGCUAUUUCUGGAAGCAAGAAGACAAUCCUUAUGGUUACAAAUAGGCGAGUGUUGUGUAUAAAGGAAGUUGAAAUCCUAGGCCAUAUGUCCAUAGACUGGCAGUGUCCAUUUGAAGAUUUUGUGUCUCCUCCAAGUGUCCAUGGAAACCUGCUAAAAAUUUCAGUCAAGGAGCAGAGUCUGUUCCACAAAAAAGACAGUGCCAGUCAUGGCUGCCGGCACAUUUAUCUGCAGGAUAACGCCACAGCAGAGAGAGUAUGUAAUGCCAUUGGUGAUGCACAGUCAAUGAGACACCAGCAAAAAUUAAUGAAGCAAUCAUCACUGAAACUUCUCAGGCCCCAGACACCAUUUUAG